AUGAGACUAGUUGUACAAUUUCUGCGCAGGAAAAACCACACGUUCGACCUGGUGAUGUUCGAGAGGCUGCCUUACCAGGCCUACCACGGCCUCUUCCACAAGGUCGGGUCGCCUCCGAACCUGCAGGAAUUCCUCGAUGGAGCCGAACACGGUGUCAUCUACUUUAGUCUCGGCUCGAAUGUCCGAAGCAACGCUCUGCCAAUGGAGAAGAUCCAGGCCUUCCUGGAGGCGUUCAGGCAGCUGCCGCAGCGCGUCCUCUGGAAAUGGGAGAACGACUCCAUGCCGUCUCAGCCAGACAAUCUGAUGGUCAGCAAGUGGCUGCCGCAGGAAGCCGUCCUUGCUCACCCGAAAGUUCGCCUCUUCAUUACGCAAGGUGGUCUCCAGAGCAUGAAUGAGGCCAUGUACCACGCAGUUCCGUUUCUAGUCAUCCCAUUCAUGGGUGACCAGCCACAUAUUGCUGCCAAAGUUGCCCAAGCCGAGAUCGGCGUGAGAAUGGAGUUGAGGGACGUUACGAAGGACACACUACUGUCUGCUAUACGAACUGUUGUGGAGGAUCCAAAGUACAUGGACAAUACGAAGAGACUGUCGGCCGUGUUCCGCGAGCACAAGUCGGACUCUCUGGAGCGUGCCGUGUGGUGGAUCGAGUACGUGAUCGGCCAUAAGGGAGCCCCACACCUGCGGAGCGCAGCCCUCGACCUGCACUGGUGGCAGCUGCUGCUGCUGGAUGUCGUCGCUUUCGUUCUGGCGGUCGCCGCUCUCACACUCUUCGUCGUCUACUUCGUCACGCGGCGGGUAGUUUCCUUCUUCAGAGGCAGCAAACAAAAGCAGAAGCAGAAGAAACACUGA